UCUCUCUUUCUCUUCUGUGUUUGUGGGUAUUAGCUUUUGAUCAUGGCAGUUGAUUCCGGUCUGUCGUCUCCUCUUGGCCCUCCUGCAUGUGAGAAAGAUGCGAAGGCGCUGCAGUUCAUAGAGGAGAUGACCAGGAAUCCUGACCAGGUUCAGGAAAAGAUUUUGGCCGAGAUUUUGUCACAAAAUGGUGAGACUGAGUACCUUCAGAGGUUCAAACUCGCCGGAGCAACCGACCGGGACACCUUCAAAUCCAAGGUCCCAGUGGUUACUUAUGAGGAUCUGCAGCCAGAUAUUCAGCGUAUUGCUAAUGGAGAUCGCUCUCCAAUCUUGUGUUCUCACCCCAUCUCUGAGUUCCUUACCAGUUCUGGGACUUCUGCUGGUGAGAGGAAGCUUAUGCCAACGAUUCAUGAAGAGUGGGAUCGUCGCCAGAAACUUUACAGCCUUCUCAUGCCAGUGAUGAACCUUUAUGUGCCGGGUCUGGACAAAGGCAAGGGUCUGUACUUCUUGUUUGUGAAGUCGGAGACGAAGACCCCUAGUGGGUUAGUGGCACGUCCGGUGCUGACCGGCUACUACCGUAGCGAGCAUUUCAAGAAGAGGCCAUAUGACCCCUACAAUGUUUACACCAGCCCUGACGAGGCCAUUCUUUGCGUUGACUCCUUCCAGAGCAUGUAUGCUCAGAUGCUCUGUGGUCUCUUAAUGCACAAAGAAGUCCUCCGAGUCGGUGCCGUCUUUGCCUCUGGCCUACUCAGAGCAAUCCGGUUCUUGCAGGUCCACUGGCAACAGCUCGCUCAUGACAUCUCCACUGGAAUCUUAAACCCUAAAAUCACAGACCCUUCCGUCCGGGAAGGCUUGGCCGGUAUUCUGAAGCCUAGCCAAGAGCUCGCUGACUUCAUCAUCCAGGAGUGCUCAGGAGGAAACUGGGAACGAAUUAUUACAAGAAUUUGGCCCAACACCAAGUAUCUGGACGUGAUUGUUACGGGCGCUAUGGCACAGUACAUUCCCACUCUUGAUUACUUUAGUGGUGGCAUACCACUAGCUUGCACCAUGUACGCAUCUUCUGAGUGCUACUUUGGUCUCAACCUCAAGCCAAUGAGCAAGCCUUCAGAGGUUUCUUACACCAUCAUGCCAAACAUGGGUUACUUCGAGUUCCUCCCACAUGACCCAUCUGCUCCGCCUCUCUCUCGUGACUCGCCUCCCCGCCUAGUGGAUCUUGCGGAUGUAGAAGUUGGGAAAGAGUAUGAGCUAGUGAUCACAACCUACGCAGGGCUGUGUCGUUACAGAGUGGGAGACAUCCUCCAAGUCACUGGGUUCCACAACUCAGCCCCACAAUUCCAGUUCAUUAGGAGAAAGAACGUGUUGCUGAGCAUUGACUCAGACAAGACCGACGAGGCGGAGCUGCAAAAGGCAGUGGAGAACGCUUCGUUGCUCCUGCGCGAGUUCAACACCAGCGUGGUGGAGUACACCAGCUUCGCGGACACGAAAACAAUCCCAGGACACUAUGUUGUUUACUGGGAAUUACUGGUGAAGGACCCAUCAAACUCACCAACUGACACCGUCCUGAAACAGUGCUGCCUAGCCAUGGAAGAGUCACUCAACACAGUCUACAGACAAGGGCGAGUGGCGGACAACUCCAUCGGACCACUGGAGAUAAGGGUGGUGAAAAGCGGCACAUUUGAAGAGCUCAUGGACUACGCCAUCUCCAGAGGCGCCUCCAUCAACCAGUACAAGGUCCCAAGGUGUGUAAACUUCACACCCAUCAUGGAACUCCUCGAUUCCAGAGUCCUCUCAACCUACUUCAGCCCAGCUGCCCCCCACUGGACCCCAGAGCGACGACGUACGGACUGACGGCGGGCUCAAAAAAUUGAAGGAAAAAAAAAAACAAAAGGGAAAUCUGUCGUCCGCUACCAAUACCAAAAAGAAGAAAAGAUGGAAAAGAAGGCAAAAAGAAAAAGGCCCUGUGAAAGAUCACAAUCUCUUCCUCUGUCUCUUUCUCUCUCUUCCCCCCUCCAAACUUCAUAUUCCCAUUUCAGGUGUAGUGUGAUAUUUAGCUUUUAAAAGUGUCCUUUCGCUUCCUUUUGAAAUUUGCAGGGUCUCUGUGCUUUUGUGUCUCUGUGUAGGUUCAAAUAAUCUGUACGCAUGAUGGAAUUGUCAUUGCUGCUUUAAUAUUUAUCAAACCGUAUCGUGUCUCUCCAUCAACUUUCUUUAAAGUUGAAGAAAAGAACUCCUCCUUUCUUGUUCCUCUCAUUCCCUCCCUUGGUUUAUGUAAAUCCCCUGAAGCUUUAAGGGUGUUAUUGUCAAUUUCUUCAUAUAUAUAUCUGCAGGCCUUAUGUGCAUGGAUUUUA